AUGGUGGACCGAACUGAGGUAGACGAGAGUAGAUUCAUCCCUGGAACUGCUCUGCUCGUAGAUGAUGCCGGACAGGAAGUUGGGAAGCAUGCAGGGGGAAAGCAUACUGAGAUCGUCUUAAUCCCUCCGCCUUCUGACGAUCCUAAUGAUCCCUUGAAUUGGUCUAUGAACCGGAAGAGGCUACAACUUACGCUAAUGUGCUUGUACACUUUCAUUCUCAAUGGCUUUGUAAACUUUUACGGCGUGGCCUACGUCGGAUUGUCUGCGGACCUCAAGAUAUCCUUCAAUGGAUUGAACGUGGGGAGCGCGUUGCUGUUUCUGUUCAGCGGUAUUGGUGCUGCCUUUUGGCAGCCAGUGGCUAUGAAGUUUGGUCGACGACCGGUCUAUAUCAUCGGGCUGAUCAUCACCACGGUCGGUAGCAUCGUUGGAGCUACGCAGAAGGACUUCAAUAUCUGGUGUGUCUUCAAUGUCAUCUGGGGUCUCGGAUGCGGGCCGAAGGAGGGACUACCCCAGAUCUCUCUGCAGGACACAUAUUUCGCGCACGAGAUGGGAGCCAAGGUUGGCUACUGGGCUCUGUGCUAUAGCGCUGGCGCUUUCAUAACACCACUUGUCGCAGGAUACGUGUACGUCCAGCUGAGCUGGCGCUGGUGUUUUUGGAUCACAGCAAUCGGCUUGGGCGCUCUAGCUAUACUUCUCUUCUUUACCCUAGAAGAGACGCUGUACCCGCGCACUUUCACGACCGAAGGAGUCUCGCCGUCUGUCUCCGGUGCUGGGUCGACCAGUGAGAAGUCUGACCCAGACGCCGUCAGCAGUGACGAGAAGGGCGCGGUCACUGUGUCCACUGCUCUACCUUCGCAGAAAAAGCUGAAAACCUUCUGGGAAGCGCGUCCAUUUCAUGUAUACGGUAUUAAUCCUGGCCCAUCCUGGCGUGACCUCUUCUUCCGACCAUGGGUACUAGCAACUUUUCCGCCUGUCCUUUGGGCUGGCUUCUUUGCUGGUGUUUCGGUGUGCUGGUGGGCUGCGAUAUUCACAACCCAGUCUGAGUUUUUCUCCGCUCCUCCCUACCUUUGGAGUGGAGAAUCCGUUGGUCUCACAAAUGCGGCUGCUCUGAUUGGAAGUAUUCUGGGCACGAUCUUUGCGGGGAAUAUCAGCGAUUGGUGGAUCCUGGGCGCUGCACGCAGGAACAAGGGCGUCCGCGAGCCAGAGCAGCGCUUGUCUCUCCUGCUCGUGACCGCCAUCAUCACAGCGGGUGGGCUUAACAUGUAUGGUUACGGCGUGUGGCACGGAGUGCACUGGACUUGCCCUGUGUUUGGCAUGGGCCUCAUGGCAUUCGGCUUCACCGCCUGCUCCAUCAUUGCAGAGACAUACGUUCUCGACUCCUACCGUGCCGUCGCCGCGGAAGCCCUCGUGCUGCUUAACAUCUUCCGAAAUCUCAUCGGUAUGAUCUUUGUCUUCGCGAUCCAGCCGUGGUUGGACCACUCUGGUUGGGGCAACGCGUAUGUUCAGAUGAUGGCUCUGGCUAUCAUCACACAUAUCACUGUCAUUCCAAUGAUUAUAUACGGAAAAAAGCUUAGGGCAGGCACUUCUAAAAAAUAUCUCAAGAUGUUGGAGGAUAGUGGAAUCCCGUUCACAUAUGCGUAA